AUGAAAAUUUCAUCCUUUUUUAAAAAGAAAAAGAGUGUUGGUCCUAUUGAAUCAACAACGACUCUAUCUCAAGGACCACAAGGAGGAGGUCUCUCUCGAUCUUCUUCUUCUCCUCAAAAUCAAUCUUCUCCUGCCAUGAUGAUCGGAAAUUCACGUCGACGUGAACAACCACCACAACCACACUCUUCACAUAGCACUUCUUGUUCGAUGUUAAAAUCCACAAGUGAAACCUAUCCCAAUUCAAAAAUCUUUGGAUAUCCUCUUCCUGAAGAUGUGAAUGAUAUUCCAAAAUUUGUCUAUCAAUCGAUCACUUAUUUAACACAAAAUGGAUUAAAUGAAGAAGGAAUAUUUAGAAUUUCAACUUCAAAAGAUAGUUUGGAUAAAGUGAUUAGUGAAUUAGAACAUGAUGUUAACAUGGACGUGAAUUUUGAUAAAUAUGGAGUACAUUUGGCAGCUGCAUUGUUAAAGAUUUAUUUUAGAGAGUUGAGUGAUCCUUUAUUGACAUUUGACUGUUAUGCAAUGUUUAUUGCUGCUGAGAGAAUUCCAGAUGAUGAAGCUCGAUUAGAUACCAUUAAGAAGGUGGUCAAGUUUUUACCACCUAAUUAUUAUACUACUUUGAAAAUGUUGUGUGAAUUUUUGCAUUUAGUAAGCCAAAAUUCAAAGGUGAACAAAAUGACAGCUGACAAUUUGGCCAUUGUCUUUGCACCGAAUAUUUUGAGAGAACGAGGAGAAUUAGAUGUCAUGGAUUUAAUGAGACAUUCUAAAUGGAUUAAUCAUUUAACAAAAACAUUAAUUGAAAAUACGGAUUAUAUUUUUGGAAUGGGAAGUCCAAGAAGAUCUGUCACAAGCACGUCAACGACCAUUUCCUCUUCUUCUAAUCAAUCAACAAAUAAUACUCGAUCAUCACUUUCGACCACAAACAGUAAUACCAACAUCACAACAAGUCAAUCAAUGGAUGAAGAAGAUUCAAAAAUCAUUCUACAGCUCGCUCAUAUGAGACAAACUCAAGAAUCCAACGAUGAACAAGAAAGAACGCUUAGAAGAAGACAAACACUUGAAAGAAGAUCAUUUCUCUCAAAUACAGAACGAAAGAAAACCAUUGCCAAAAUGUCACAAACCAUUCUUUUGGAAAGUAUUGUGAAUUCCAACAAUAACAACCAACAAAUAGAUAGUUCCACAAAUUCUCCGGCAACUCCUGGAACGAACUCUCCUCUGAGCUUCUCCUCCGCUCUUAAUCAAGACCGAACUGACUCUCCAUUGGAAGAGAAUUCUAUCGUUUCUUCAUCACCACCCGUUGCAGCGUCUCCCACAAGAAAACAAUUUAUAUCUUCAACUCUCUCAUCAGAGGACAAUACUUCUCCAAGAAUUGGAUUUGAACAUUCCUCAACAACACCAACCAAUCCCUCGAGUCCAACAGAUGUGAAAACUACUGUCUCAACAUUUUCAAAGAACGAUUCUACAAGUGGCCACUCAACCAUUGUGACUGCCAACUCGACUCCAACGAAAAAAUCACACGCCGUUGUGAAAAAGAAUAGUUCUUUAAUUUCAGAAUUGAAAAAGGCAGUUCAAAAAUACUUGUGUUCCUGCAAUUUGUUUGGAAUUGAUGUGGAAGCUCAACUCUCUCAAGAAACAAACACUGUACAUGUAAUAUUAUCUGGCUUAAUUAUUAGUGACACUUCCUGUGACAUUAUUGAAACAAUAACAAGACUUGGAAAAGUUUCAUAUUUCGAUCCCUUGGAUGCAGUAUUUAAUGACGUUGUUCCAAAAAUUGCAAAACAUUUAGGACGUGAAUUUAAGGUUAAAGUUCAAUUCGACAAUCUUCAUGAAUAUGAUCUAAUGUUAGAUGAAUGUCCAGAAAUAAUGUUAAUUACAUGUCUGCAUUCCAUUGCCAAAUAUUUUUAUGAAAAUUGUGAUGAUCCAAAAUUGGAUGAUCAAUUCUUUGUGGAUUGGAUUUUAACCAUUUUCCCAACCAUGACCUAUUAUCCCUAUUAUCACAUGAUUCUCUAUUGUCUACUCAUUCGACAAUGUUACAAAGAAAAAGACUAUGACAAGUUGUCAAACAUUUUAAAAACUUCUGAUCAACAUCCAUUCAGCAGAGACAAAAUUUCACUCAUUCAUCAUCACAACAUUGAAAAACCACUCAACUAUGAAAAACGAGCAUUUCUCAUCAGCAAAUUAAUGGGAGGCAAAAAUCCAUUUUUCACAAAUUACAACAAACAAAUUGAGUUUGCCAAACAUUUUGGAUUUAUUGUCACAGAAGUGUUGAUGCGUGAUUGUGUCUCAGAAAAUCCGCUCACACUCUUUGAACGAUUUACACUACAAACAGAUAUUGCUUCGAUUGCUCGAGUUCGAACUUUUGAUAAUAAUGAAAGUGUCUUGUUUGAUGCGAUUCGAGUUCCAGAUUUGGCAAUUAUUGAAUUUCUUGUUGAGGAAUGUCAAGUCGAUGUGAAUGCAGUGAAUGAUGAUGGAAUUUCUCCACUUACUCUUGUAAGAAUUUUAUAUAAUGGAAUGGAAAAGGAAGAACUUGAAGAUUAUCUCACCUUUGUUGGAGCUAAAGAAAUUAAACCUCAGAGCAUUGACAUUUUGACACAUGACAUGUGGAGACACAUUUUCACUUUUUUGGACUUGAAAGAAAUUGCCACAUGGUGCAGAGUAUCUAAAAACUUUUAUGGCCUCAAUGUCAUUGAUAAUGAAAAAUUAUGGAUGGAUAUUUAUCAAAGAAUUCAAACUGUAGAAACAGUUGCUUUUAAUCCAUUUCCAAAAUUGUCACAAAUUUUACAAAAUCGUGAAUGUCAUCUCAGUUGGAGAUGUUUAUCAGAACUUAAAUAUGAAUUUAGAUCAGAAGAUAUCACCUAUUUUAUUUUUAAUGAAAAAGAUAAGAAACACAAGGAAAUUCUUGCCACAAACACUGUGCUCAUGUCCAAUCCUCCAAAAAUAGAAAGUUCAGACUUUAUCUCAUUACUGCAAUUUGUGUUUAGUGAAUGCAAUUUAGAUGAUUCAAUGAUCUUCAUGCAUGAUCGAAUGAAGGCAACUAAAAAGUCAGAAAAGACCAUGUUAAAGUUUAUUGAGGAAAAUAUUCCACCACGACAUGUGACACAACUUACCAAAUUUGUAUAUACAAUUCAAAAUAUUUCAGUGAAGAGAGAAAUGUUUAAGGAACGAGUACCAAGUGCAUCGAUUUUAUAUUAUUCGGUCAUGGUUGAUAACUAUUGGUUUGUGAUGGCCUAUAAUACCCGACACAAGUUUAUUGGAGUGAUUAUUGUGGCAUCUGACAAUCAGAUUGAAUAA